AUGAAAAAUGCCAACUGCCAUAUUGCCUUCUUCUGCCGCCGCCUUUACGCCACGAGCGCGGCCCAUAGUUGUGCUGGGGAAAAAGUCCCCUGGUUGAUAGAGACUUUCAAGCGAGUGAAGCAGCCUAGGCGAUCUUUGAACAAUCUCAAGCAGCAAACCAGCUACCUCAUUGAGAAACUGGCAUCAAAGAGCGCAACCUGGGCAUUGUGCUCGGUGAUGGUGGAGAACGCACCUGGGAUCCAGCCAUGGUGCUCUGCAAUGCCAGAAAGCCGGCUCUGGAUGAUCCAUGUCGAGGCAUAUGUCGUGCAUGUCGACAUGGUCUCACAGAGAAAAGAGGUGGCUUUUAAGUUAACUGAAGAAACGAUCACUAAACUGAGGAGAUCCUAUGAAGAAUUCCAAUCACUUGAUGCAGCUACAUACAGGUUGAAGUGGCCACAGAUGCAAACUCAACUGGACAAAUUACACGACGAGUUUGUCGAAGCCGUCAACAAGUUCGUUUACCGGACCGAUGUCAGAGUUCUGGAAGGACUAGAGGAAGACGGCUCCGGAGAGCUACUAGGUGGUUGCAGCAUCGAUGUUAAAGCAGCCAUUCUCAACCUUUUCGCGCCAUUGAUGCCUCCCCCGCAUGUGGUACAUUUCUUGUACCCAGUAGUUCCAUGUCUCGAUGGGACUGAGCCCGGCGCACAAAGACCUAUCCACCCGUUUGAGGAAGACCAGUCGUGGAGUACUCAGCCAAAAGUUCGCACGUCGAACACCGAAAACUAUCCAAGCUCGGGUGCUGGUCUAGACAUCAGGUAUGCCGCAAUUUUCCCGGUAGCUUCCGUUGGUAGCCCGCUUUACACUAGCGGACCCAUCUCAGCGGUCGAGCCAAUUUCUCAUACGCCAAUGUAUAGCUCAAUCGCGGCAGCAGACGCGGAGUCAUUUGGUGGAAGCCCUUUUUUCUUUUUUUGA